AUGACAAUGGAGAUUUCAACAUCCAUCUCGCUGGCUAGUUCAGAACUCUCCCGUGGGCUGAAAACCUCGCAGUCACGGACGAGUGAGUGGCGCAGAAACGAUCUGACGGGGCUGGAUCAAGAUCUCUCUCUCACCACCCGCCAGAAGCCCCAAUUGACUCGCGCCCACUAUAACUACAUGGCCAUUUACGUUGCUUCUGAUUGGGCAGUGGCUUCCUAUCGGGACCAUUCUUGUGACCGCGGUGGACUCGUGAAGACAGAACAUACCGCCAACUAUUACUUGUGCCUCAUCUUGGAGGCUAAGGGCUUGGGUUGA